CCUCUCCCUACCGUUCUCUUGUCUUUGCUCUGAGGAUUUCUAUCGCUGCUGUGAAUAGCAGUGCCACUCUUCCGAAUCAUACCACUAUCGACCAUCGCAUCAGCAUGCCAACGAAGAGGAUCCGAGAAUCCACUACGGUCGAAAGCGACACGUCUCUUAUGCAGACACCACCACCCAAGAAGACAGUCAGGAAGUCGGCUUAUUCUGACGACGAAGAAGAACGAUUCAUCAAGGCUUUGAUCGAGAUUGCGAAAGAUCACAUGUGGCAGAAGGUCAAGAAUGAUCCACUUCUCAUGUACAGGGGAGCGAACGGAAUCAGGUCGCAUAUUGAGGCACUGGUGAGGUGAUAAUGCAC